AUGUACACCGUCAACGUGGGCGACCGGCUGGAUAGCCUAGACACGCCUUCCAUGAUCGUGGAUCUCGAUCUCAUGGAAGCAAACAUCAAGAAGCUUUUCGACAGCCUACUUCCCACGGGCGUCAACAUCCGCCCUCACCUGAAGACAACAAAGAGCGCAAUUCUCGCUGGCAAGCUUGCCGCCGCCGGUGCCAAGGGCUGCUGCGUGGCCAAAGUAUCAGAAGCAGAAGCCAUCACUGCGGCGGGCUUUGACGACAUCCUCAUCACCUGUGAAAUCAUUGGCGGCCCCAAAGUGAAGCGUCUUGUCGACCUCUUCAAGAAAAACAAAAAGAUUAGAAUCGUUGUCGACAGCGAGUUCGGCGCGACGGCAAUCAACAACGCGUUGGAGGAGGCCGGCGUCGAGGAGCAGAUCCUCACGCUGAUUGAUCUGGACGUUGGGUUGCAUCGGACCGGCGUGGCCGCGGGUGAACCCGCUCUGGCCUUGGCCAAACACAUUGGCAAUCUCACGCAUCUCCGCCUGAUUGGCGUGCAAGGGUACGAGGGCCACCUACAGCACCUCCACGACCGGGACGAUCGAAAGAAGCAAUGUCUCGAGUCCAUGAAGACGCUGACGGAGACCGCGGCGGCGCUUCGUGAAGCCGGUUUCGGAAUUGACGUCGUCACCACCGGUGGCACGGGUACCGCCGAGUUCUGCGUUACGGUGCCGGGCGUCACGGAGCUGCAGCCGGGGUCGUUCAUCUUCAUGGACACGGACUACCGCAACGCGGUUGGCUCGUUCUACUCCAACAGUCUGACGUUGCUGGCUACCGUUGUGAGCAAGCAAGGCGAACGGCAGGUGACGAUUGAUACGGGGCUCAAGUCCCUGACGACGGAUAGCGGACUGGCCGAGUGUAAGGACCGGCGCUACACCCACGCCAACCUGGGAGAUGAGCAUGGUGCGCUUAGCUGGGACGAGGGGACUCCAGCGUUGGCUGUGGGAGAUCGAGUUGAAAUGGUCCCAAGUCACAUUGAUCCAACGAUCAAUUUGCACGACUGGUACUAUGCCCAUCGCAAUGGCGUUAUCAAGGAAAUUUGGUCGGUCGAUUCUAGAGGAAAGGUCCAAUAA